CGCCCCCUCAAGCAGUUCAGCCUCUUCUUCCUCGGCGCCGCCUUCACCGCCGCAUCAAUAGGCGUAUCCCGCCGCUCGGUGAUCCGUCGCCAGCGCGAUUCCUUCCCCCGGUUCUACUCGUCCAACAGCCCCGGCCCGCAGGACGGCAACAGCUCCGAGGGCGCCGUGCUGGGUGUCCACGCGCUGGGGCUGGCCACGCUCAACGUGGCGAGCUUUGCGGUGCUGCUGACGGGGGGCUUGUCGUGGGCGUUUGACUUGAGCUCUGUGCAGGAGCUGCGGGAGAAGACGAGGGCGGCGCUGCAGAGGCCUGGGGGCGAGGUCAGCGCCGAGGACGAGAAGGAGUUUGAGCAGAUGAUGGACAACUUGAUG